AUGACCACAGAGCCACGCCCCAUCGAUGAGACUCCCAUCUCCCCCGUCCGCCAAGGCAUCGAACGCCGCAACAGCUUGGAGAAACAUUUGCAACACCGACCCGAAGCACAAGACCUGAAGAACAGACACAUCCUUUUGGAUACAAAUGCUGCUCCGGCACUGCAGUCGAAAGCUCUCGAGCUGGAGCGCCAGCGUGCGACGGAUAACUUGAAGAAGGGAUUGGCGCACCGUCCGGAUCGCGAGACUUUGGUCGAGCGCAACAUCCUCCCUGACUCCUCUGCCGCCCCUGCGCUGCAGGGCCACCAGAAAGAACUCGAGCGCCACAUGCGAGCUGAUAGUCUUGAAAAAGGCUUGCAGCAUCGACCUUCACCAACCGAGCUUAUCAAAAAGGGCAUUCUCGAGGAGGACGAGAAUCCCAUCAAGGACGUCUAG